AUGUCAGACGAUAUCAUUUACGAAGUUAAGGACAAGGUUGCCGUUAUCACGUUGAACAUUCCAAAGAGAUUGAACGCGUUGGAUGGCGAGCAGUACUUGCAGUUGGGUAAGUAUGUGGAACAGGCCAACAAUGAAGAGGACACUGUAAUGACCAUCAUACAGGCCACAGGUAAGUAUUUCAGUGCUGGUGCCAAUUUUGCCGACAAGAAGAUGAUGCAGACUGAUCCAGCGGAGUUGUUCACCCACGAGUACUGGCUAGGCAGAUUUGUGGCCAGAAACGUGUGGUUGACCAACUUGUUCAACGACCAUAAAAAGGUUUUGGUUGCAGCUGUCAACGGUCCUGUUAUUGGAUUGAGUUCGGCUUUGUUGUUGUUGUGUGACUUGAUCUACGUCAACGACUUGAGCAAGUUUUAUCUUUUGGCCCCUUUUGCCAACUUGGGAUUGGUUGCCGAAGGUGCGUCGUCUGCAACUUUGCUCCUGAGAUUGGGCUGGUCCAAGGCCUCCGAAGCUUUGUUCUUGGCCAAGCCAAUCAGCGGCCAAGACUGCUGGAACGCAGGCUUCAUCAACAAGCAUUACGAUGGUAAGCACAAGACAGUUGAAGAGUUCAACCAAGCUGUGCAAAACGAAUUAACUGACGCUAUUGAGAACUUGCAUGAGGAUUCCAUUUUGCAAAACAAGCAGUUGCUCAAGCUCUCUAGAGACCAAUCCAUCAACAAUGCCAACUCCCAAGAAGUUAUGAGAGGGUUGGGAAAAUGGUUGGAAGGUGUUCCACAAGGAAGAUUUGCGCAAUUGGCUGCUAGAGAAGUUAAACACAAGUUGUAA